AUGAGUUCUGUUGAGGCUAAUUCUCCUCAAGAUUUUUGGAUUGCUGAUUAUGGUGCAACAAACCACAUGACCGCUGAUAUGAAUAAUUUGUCUGUUGCUUCUCCUUAUACCAGUUCUGAAGCUAUUACUGCGGCCAAUGAUGAAGGUCUUGCAAUUUCUCACAUUGGGGCUUCUACUUUGUCUACCUCUAAUCAUACUUUCCGGCUUAAUACAAUUCUGCAUGUUCCUAAAUAG